CAAUCUUGAAGAGAUGCAUCCCAUUUAGAUAAUCCAUAUUUCAUAUUCGUAAGUGGAGGUAGGUGAUUGCUAUACUCGGAGGCUGAAGGCAUCAUUACAUGGUGCCGAUUCCCACUCGCUCUCACUGUUUCUUGGCGAGCACCGUAUUCCCGAUUCCCCACUCCCUCUUCGUUCCUCUCACCGGUGAUUCUCAAUUUUGAGCCGUUUAAUAAUGGCGGAGAACAGCAACAGCAUGGGGGAGAGCGACAAAGAUGGAUCCGCCUCCUCUCCCGCGGUCGCGAGAAAUCUUCCUAGGGCAAGCACAAUGCCUAAAGGGACAAAAUAUGCUGAAAAAUCAGAGACAUCCUCAGAAGAACCAAAUCUAGAAAGGUCCAAAACUGAGAAACAUGGGCAAAAUAGUCCACAUGAUGACCCAACAGCCCAAUUAUUUGACGACAAGAUUCCUGACAAACAAAAGAUGAAGAUGUUAAAUCGAAUAGCUACAGUGAAGGGUGAUGGGACUGUUGUGGUAGAUGUUCCAAGCAAUUUUGAAACCACAUCAAUAAAUUUGAGAUCUGAGAAUACAUAUGGUGAAGCAGUUGAUGAAGAGCCAGUAGAUUUGACUGAUCUACAGUAUCGACCUCCUAUGCAAAUAGUCAUUCUUAUUGUUGGGACACGAGGUGAUGUGCAACCAUUUGUUGCUAUUGGAAAACGUUUGCAGGACUAUGGUCAUCGUGUUAGGCUGGCAACUCAUGCAAAUUUCAGGGAAUUUGUUUUAACUGCUGGCUUGGAGUUUUAUCCUCUAGGUGGAGAUCCAAAAAUUCUUGCUGAAUAUAUGGUUAAGAAUAAAGGUUUCUUACCUUCUGCACCAUCGGAGAUACCUAUCCAACGGAAACAGAUUAAAGAAAUUAUAUUUUCCUUGCUCGCAGCCUGUAAGGAUCCUGAUAUUGACACCGGUGUUCCGUUCAAAGUGGAUGCUAUAAUUGCAAAUCCACCCGCAUAUGGGCAUACACAUGUGGCUGAGGCGCUAAAAGUACCAAUUCACAUUUUUUUUACAAUGCCAUGGACACCAACUAGUGAAUUUCCACAUCCUCUUUCCCGUGUCAAGCAAUCUGCUGGAUAUAGACUCUCAUAUCAGAUUGUUGAUUCUAUGAUUUGGCUUGGAAUACGGGACAUGAUAAAUGAUUUUAGGAAAAAAAGAUUAAAGCUGCGACCUGUGACUUAUUUAAGUGGCGUACAGACUUCUGCCUCUGACAUACCUUAUGGGUAUAUCUGGAGUCCCCAUCUUGUUCCAAAACCAAAAGAUUGGGGACCCAAAAUUGAUGUGGUUGGAUUUUGUUUCCUUGACCUUGCAUCAAAUUAUGAACCGCCAGAGUCACUUGUAGAUUGGCUGAAUGCUGGUGACAAGCCUGUUUAUAUUGGGUUUGGUAGCCUUCCUGUUCAAGAACCUGGAAAAAUGACAGAGAUCAUUGUGGAGGCACUAAAAAUUACUGGUCAGAGAGGCAUCAUCAAUAAGGGCUGGGGUGGCCUUGGAAAUUUGGCAGAACCCAAGGAUUACGUGUACCUGCUGGAUAAUGUUCCCCAUGACUGGUUAUUCCUGCAAUGUAAGGCAGUGUGUCCAACUACUAUUGUACCUUUCUUUGGUGACCAACCUUUUUGGGGAGAACGAGUCAAUGCCAGGGGACUGGGACCCCCACCUAUCCCUGUUGAUCAAUUUUCACUGGAAAAAUUGGUUGAUGCAAUAAUGUUCAUGAUGACACCGAAGGUGAAAGAAAAUGCUGUCCAACUAGCCAAGGCCAUGGAAACGGAGGAUGGUGUUUCUGGAGCUGUUAAAGCAUUUCUAAAGCAUCUUCCUCCAAAAAUCUCACCUCAAGUUACACCUGAACCGUCGAGCUUCGUGGAUUUCUUGGUUGCUCCUAUUAGAAGGUGUUUUGGCUGUUCCUGAAUCCCAUCAUGAUUUCUUUCUCCCCUGAGUCCUGUGCGCACCGACGAUCCAUCAGUUUAUGUGCUUUGAAUGUAAACGUUUGUGUAUUUUUUUUGACCUUAGCAAUGUCAUAUUCCGUAGCGAAAGAAAACUGUGAUUCCAUAUGUUGUUUUUAAUCGUUAGCUCUCUAUUUGAUUAUUAAUCAAUAUAUGAAAUAAUAAGUACGAUUGCGAACUCA